AGGGUUAGGGGAUAGAAUAUAAAGUUUGUACAGUAUAAAAACCAUUAUGUUUAUGGAAAGUCCCCAUAAAACAUGGAAACACAACAUGUGUGUGUGUGUGUGUGUGACAAUUAAUAGGGCGUGAGGUUUUGGUUUAUCCUGCCAGUCCUAUUGCUCUCUAGCCCCAUCCCCCCUCUUCAGGACGCUGAAGGAACUGUUUGCUCUGACAGGAUUUGCUCACUUGGCUGACUGCUGCAGUUAGACAGACAAUAACUCAGUGUGCCUCAGAGACUGAAAUCAUCUCAAAAUGGAUCAUCAGGACCACAUGAAUUCUGGACAGGUGGGUGACUCUCCGCACUCUCCUGGGAACAACAUUGCAUCUGGUGUAGCCGACAUCAAUGCUGUUCAUCAACUGGACUUGAAGAACGGGACAGGAGCACAUAUGGGAUAUGGGGUUGGUCCAGUAAAAGCUGCAGGAGGGACAGCAGGAGCUGGAGAAGAAGAGUUAACACCAGGAAGUCCCUGUCUGCCAGAGAGUGGCCGGAGCAGUGCAGCAUCACUGAAUGUUGAGGGAGAGAGGGAAAAUGGGGAAAAGGAGAAGUCUGUCAGCCCCCACCAGUCACCCAUGUCCCCACAUGGACUUCCAACAACCCUUGCCAUUGGGUUGAGUUCAGGGAUCACAGGCUUUGAAAGCCAGAUGAAGGGGAGUCCUUCAGAUAAGAUAUCUGACCAUCACAGUCCCAAUGGAUUUCAGGAUGAAAUAGAGAAUUCUGAGAGCAAAUUUUCUCAUUCUCCCAUUUUAAAAGAGGCUUCCAGGAGCCCCAUAAACAUGGUUGAACAGGAGGAAGAAGAAGAUGAAGAAGAGGAAAGAGAAGUUGAUGAUAAAGAAGAGGAAGAAACAGGAAUUUCCUUGGUACACAGUUCUCUUGCCCCAAACUUGACACACCAGAAAGAUGGUAACAUUGUUUGCCAAUAUGAUGCUCCAACUCAUCUUCCCAUGACACCAGAGGAAGCUAAACAACGUGGCCUGUCCUUUGACUACACAGAACCUCAAGAUCCUUGUCAGCAAGAUGCCCCAGCAGGCUGGGAGUGUAGCUCUGACAAAACACCACCAGAAGGCAGGAGCCCCGACUCCUGCAGGGCAGAUCCAGGCUCACCCCUCUCUCCCAGUGCUGCUGCUGACCCCACCCAAGAGUCAUCAUCCCUCACAGACUUCCAAACUGAUGCCAGGGUGGAAGAAGAGGAAUCUGAGGUACCAGAACAAGAACAGGAAGUGGAUGAGACCAGAAUUCCACCAUUUUCCCAAGCAGAAGAAGCGCCCAAGAUGGUGCCUGAGGCAGAAGCAAAGUCAGAGGAAUCUGAAGAACCUAAAGAAUCAAAAAAGGAGGAGAAGCCAGAGAAGUACUUGGAGACAAGUGAUGAUGAUCUUAUCGAUGUGGAGAAGGUAGUGCAAAAUGUCCAGUCUGUUGCCAAAGCAGAAUCUGUUGCUGCCAUAGCUAAGGUUGCUCCAAGCAAAGGCGCUUCUGUCAAAGAAGCUCCAGCCAAAAAAACUAAGAAAUCUGUCCCUACAGUUGCUGCCACCCCUUCCCCCAAAUCUUCUCCAAAACUUCAGAAAACUCCCUCUAAAGAUGCUGCUCCGGCCAGAAAAGCAAACCUCCCUGGUGCCCUAUCUAAAGCCAAAACUGGAGCAGGGGCAACUCCUGAAAAAAAGGCUGGAGAUGUCAAGACGAAGACAGCAGGUGCCAAACCCCAAGGAGUAGGUGUCAAAAUCCCUGCUGACUCCCCUAAAACUCCAGACCGUAGUGGAUGCAGCAGUCCUGCCAGUCGGUCCUCCACACCUGGACAACAGGUGAAGAAAGUAGCUGUGGUGCGCACCCCACCCAAAUCACCUGGCUCACUGAGAACCCGCACCCCCAUUGCCCCCGUUGCUCCCCUGCCUGACCUGAAGAACAUCAAGUCUAAGAUCGGCUCUACUGAGAACCUCAAACAUCAGCCUGGAGGCGGGAAGGUUCACAUCGUUCACAAAAAGAUUGACCUAAGCAAUGUCCAAUCAAAAUGCGGCUCAAAGGCCAACAUUCAUCACAAACCAGGAGGUGGAAAUGUGGAGAUCAAAACUGAGAAGUUGGAAUUCAAAGCCCAGUCAAAAGUUGGAUCUCUUGGCAACAUUGGACAUGUUCCUGGGGGUGGCCAGAAGAGGAUUGAGAGCCACAAGAUACAUUUCCGAGAGCAAGCCAAAGCACGUACCGACCACGGCGCCGAGAUCGUGUACCAGUCCCCCAACAUGGGAUCCACAGAAGGAUCACCUCGCCGCCUCAGCAAUGUGUCUUCCUCGGGCAGCAUCAACACAACCGACUCACCACAGCUGUCCACGCUAGCUGACCAGGUGUCUGCCUCCCUUGCUAAACAAGGCCUGUGAGCUCCCCCCUCCCCCACAACGGUCAACGGAACAAAAUGGGUCAAUGAUUGACAAAAUUUUCUCCUUCAGUCCUUUCAAAUAAGGUGAUUGUCGGAUUCUCCCAACUAAAGGUUAUCCCAGCAGCUUGUCUGCUUAUGAAAUCAUUUUUGCCUCUUGGCACAGAGGGACUCUGUGAUGUUAUUGGCUUAGUAUCCAUCAUAAAAAACUAAAAUAUCCAAAUUUAAAACGAGCUGGUGGUGUAUUGAUCCAAAUGAUCAUUUACAGCACUGAGUAGCCUGAUUUAUUUUUAAUUGGCCUUAUUUUUAAAGAAACAAAGAAAACAGCAAAGCUGUAUUUGCUUUGUUGCCUUAUUGUGAAUUUUUAUUUACCAUAACUUUUGCACUCCUGUUUUAAAAAGGCAAACGUGCUAUAUGGUUUAUGUGCUUUAUGGUGCAGUUAUUAAUAAUGGCUAUGGAUUUGAUUAGUACUGGAACAUUUCAAAUGCUCUUGGGUAAAAAGGGCCUUUAUAGCAUCAGGCUUUUGCAAACAUGAUAGAGAUCCUCUAUUUAUUUAACACUAAUGCAUCAGUGGGCACUUCAGACAAAGUGCAUGCUACUGUUCUCUGAUAAUCGCUCAAAUACUACACUUAGUUUACAGCAUAAAGACAGAAAACCUGCUUUGAUAAAUAACUAUUAUUGCCCUUUAGUUAAUAUCUUCAGAUUAUAUCGCAUAACUUUAGAAGUAAACAUCCACACCUACAACGUCAGAGCAGGAUAUUUUCCACGCAUACGAUCUUUAGUCUUGCCCCGGAUUCACAGGAAGUUCCAUCGCUAAUUCAAAGACAUUUGCUUGGCCUCUACUGACUGUUUUGAAGUAGAAAAUGUCAAUCAGUCAGAUGAAUAAAAAACAUCUCAAUAUGUUGCUAAUUAGUUUCCCUGCACAGCAAUCAUCUAACCAAUCAUCAUUUUUGUUUAACUUGCCAUCCCCAUAUAGUAAUGUUUCUGAUGGAUUCAAGCCUCUGCAUAUAAAAAAAAUCCACUGUCUCAAAGAAUGUGUGAAUGGACCAAUGCAGUUGAUAUGAGAGGAUCUCGAAGUUCUAAAUGAAAUAUCUGGAACAUAUCGAAAAACUCAGUUAGAAAAGAUGGCUGAAAAGUGCCUCCCGGUGUUUAUCAGUAACAGAAAAUUGUCUAUGCUUUAGAUAUUCUGUUCGGUCUAGAACAGAUCCUAUCAUGUUGUGUGAAAUAUGCAGGACAUUUAAUAAAGCCAACUCCCUUCAAUAUACAGUCCAAACCACAAUGCUAAUACUGCACAGCUUCCAAUAGAGUUCACCAUGGUCAUGAAUAUAGUAACUAACCAAAUCCCUGUAUAACGGUUUAAAAAAUGUCCUUUACUUUUAGAAAGAAAACAAUGCUACCUACAAAAAUCCAUCUUUAUGUUGCACUAUAUAUUUUUUUCCUAAUAUUAUUGUGUAUGAUGAUAUUUCAUAUGCUUCAGUACAUUGUAACUUUUUGUUCUUUUGAGAAUGAAUGCACUGAUUGGACAUGCAUCUUAAAUGAAAGCUGCCUCUACUCAAAUAAACCACACUCCUGAAUAUAUGUAUAUCUUACAUUAGAAGAUUGUGAUAGAGGGUUAACAUUUGCAUCCAUUGAUCAGAAUCUACAAUAUCAGCCAAGGACUUGUCUAGCACUACAUAGAUCUGCCUGAACCCUGCAAUGUUGUGCACUCUUAACAGCAUGCUGCUAACAUAAACCUGAGCAUUUAGACGUGGGUUAAGCUGAAGAAAAUAAGCCGGAUACAAAUUUGAAAAAUGGCACUGUAUGAGGCCUAUCGGUAAUUCUACCCUUUAUCUGUAUUUCAGACUGUACUGUAAUCUGUUAAACCAGUUCUCUUCUCCCUCUAGUUCAUUUCCUGUCUCUGCUCUUUUCAUUGCAGCUCUUAAUUCUAGCUUGACAGUUGUGAUUGUCCUUAUCGUAAUGUGUUUCAUUACUUGGUUUACACUGAUACUCCUUGCUGUAAACGUGAAUUUGGAAAUAAAGUCCGUAUUUAACUGCUCUCCAUCCACACUGUCUGUCUGCAAGUCUGUUUUACUUUUCUUGGACUGUCAACUUUUCAAUGUACCUAAUCUACUUUUUCAAGCACCUUGAAUCUUUAAAUGUUAUCCAAUUUUAAAAGUUACUGCACUUUUACAAAAAUGCAAUGAUAAAAAAAGCAUCCUCUGUGAUUUCAAACAUUGCCUGAUCUAUUGAAAAUGAAAGUUUCAAGAAUUCCUAUAAACCCACUGAUAGCCAAGAAUGGAAUUAUUAAUAUGAUUACAAUAAAAGAUUUACAUUAACACAGACAAAGUCAGGAACCUAUUGGGCACGAUUUACUCUGGGGGGGAACAAAUGCUAGUUAAUGUAGUUAUUCAGUUGAAUGAGUCAAAUGAAAAUAAAUAUCAAAUAGAUUUGGCUAUUUUUAAAGAAAGUAUGUGUGGUUGUUUUUAAUUUUAUUAUAUUUCACUUCAAAUAAAAGCAAAAAUUCUACAACUGAUAUUUUGUCCCCAGCUAUUUGAAUAAGGGUUAAAUAAACACAAAUAAGCUGUUCAGUGACCAGAUAUGAGAUGCAUGUGGAUUCACACCUGUAAUGUGCACAUCUGCAGCAGUAAUACAAUCAGUGUGAUGGGACUGUUUCCCUCACACCAGUAUAACACGUGACUGUAAAUAUCAGACUGAUUUAAAGAAUAUUAUGUUAUCAUGAAUAUUAUGAGUGAUUUCAGCUGUUCUUACAGCUGAAGAUGUAAAGUAUAAAUGCAUAUACACAGGCUAAUGCAUGUAACACUGUUUAUCAAACAGGGUUUCUGCAAG